CGAUUGCACGUGCGCAGAAUGCAGCCCGAUGGGGACACAAGUACAGCUCAAGUCAUGUUUACAGCCAGAAUUAUUUUCCUGAGCUUUUAUUCUGUCUUCAGUCAUAGUGAGUGUUUUGUGUGCAGUAGAUUCCCCAUGUAGAGCUUACAAUAAUUAUUGCUGUAUUUAAUACUGUAAUUAUAUGUAAAUGACAAUCACUUGUAAUGCCAAUAAAACAAUCUCUGUUAACAGUACCUACAUAAUUAUAGCUAAUGACAGUAAUCAGUAUCUCUGUGCUAACAAUAGCCACUAUUUUUCAUUUUAGCAGUUUUUAGUUGGUAAAUAAACAAUGUGUAAUGUGUGCCGCAGAUACAUAUGGAUGCUGUUAUUGUUCAAACCAUAUAGUUUGUGUCUAAUUUUGUAAAUAGCUAGAACACAAAUGAAACUUCCUGUCAUCAGGUUUCAGGUUUCACUGUUCGUCACUGUUUGCAUAAGUAGCUAUUGUAAACGAUAUAAGUUGCUACACAAAAUUAGUCAGUCUGAAAUUUACAAUGGCUAGUAUGCUGAUCUCGGUGCUAGUAGCUACUUUCAUAACACAAGGGACAGCACAAGAUUACAGAUACUUGCACUGUCGCUGUUUAAGUUUAAAAUGGACCAGCGUAUGUUCUUCUGGAUGGACUAUCACUCAUGCCAAACUGGCUUGUCAACAGAAUAGUAUGGAUUUUCAAGGGGCUCAGGUAGCAGUGGUUGAUAAAGGGAACCCUACAACUUGUGUAACGUUCCCCGACUGCAAUGGAUAUGAACAGAACCUGACUGAAUGCAUUCGUGGACACUCUUUUGAUCUGCUAUCAACUACUAGCAGUAACUUAGCUGGAUUUAUGUGUGGUUGUUCCAAUGGUGAUGUUCGAUUCAGAGACCAACCAAUUGAAAUGGAUAACUCAGUAAAAGGAGCAGUGCAGCUUUGUGUCCAUGGAGAGUGGGAAACAUUGUGUGCAACUAAAAAUAAUUGGUUAAAACAAAUUUCAAAUACCAUUUUCGCUCCAUAUGUGGUUUGUCGACAACUAGGCUAUUCUGAAAGAGAAGCUGCAAGAGGUUCAGUCUGUUCAUCUCUACCAACACCACCUCAUUUCAUUAAUCCUAUGUGUAAUGGAGCUGAAAGAAGCCUGUUAGAAUGUAGCAGAACCAAUCAAGGAACCACCUGCCCCAAACUGUCCUGUACAGGAGACAAUAGAGCGUAUGGUGCAGUGACUUGUAUUAAAGAUUGCAUCAUUGGAACCACAAGACUGGUGGAUGGAUCCACGCCAAGAGAAGGACGAGUGGAGGUGUGUGUGGGUGGUCGGUGGGGCACAGUGUGUAGUAUCAAUCAUCAAGAAAUCACCGGGGCUGUCUGCUCUGAACUUGGAUUUCCAUCAAAUGGAGUUGAAGUUUUGAGGAAUGGCACUACUACAGAGGGUACACCUGUGUAUAGCUGUACACUAACAACCAGCAGUAGUCUGAGUUGCACACCAACUGUUAACGUCAAUUGCGAUCAUUCCAUGGAUCUUGGUGUUGUGUGCAAGACACACCAAGAUGUUAUUGGCUCAGUUAUUAAUAGGACAAUCGAUCAAACCCUUCAGACAUGCCCUGAACCAACCACGACCAGCGGAACAAAUCAGCCAGCCCCCACCACCAGUGAAGUAGACCAAUUCGUUACAUUAGCUAAUAAUAAAAUGAUGGGAAGCUGUCCUACUGCUGCCUUGGGAGGAUUGAUUGGUCUUCUGGUGGUUGUGCUCCUAGGACUUGCUAUUGGAUUAACUGUAACUUGUUGUGUGUUGGGGAAGCGCUGGUCACAGAAACAGCAAGCUGAAUACAACAUUUCUCAAGUGCAAAAGCUCUCAACAAUUCAACGACAACUGAACAACCCAGUAUACGAUACAAGCAUGGAACUACACAGUGCAUACAGCUCCAGUGGACCCACCUACGAACAAGUUGCCAAUGGCAAUAAACAAGACCACACCUACUCAAUACUUGAGCGCGAUAAGAACAUAAAUCAUCGCUCAUUUCAGCUUAAUCCUAUAGAUGAGGAGCAGAACUACCAUGUGGUGGAGAGUGGAAGGUGUGUGGGUGUGGAGGGGGCAGGCUGCUGUGACGGUGUGUACAGUGAGGCUAGUAACUACGAAGUGCCAAUGUCAAGCAAAACGGACAGCAAAGUAUGGCUGUGUGAAGAGGACUACUCCACACUCAAGCAUUGAGAGAACUGAACAUUUGUGUAUAAAAUCAUACACUUGCUUUUGAUCAAAACUUAGAAAUUUCAAGUACAUAUAAUCUGAGUCACUAUAAUAAUUAUUAUAUCAUACUAUUUUGAAUACUUUAUCACAUGUUUUAAUGAUGUGAGUUGUGGUUGGAGUGAUGUAGUUUUGUCUAAUUGG